AUGGCGCCCAGCUUCGGCCGCUCCAUCUCCUUCCCGCUCAGCCCGGCGCGCGCCUCCAGGGCCCGCGCCGCGGCCUACCACGUCCGCUCCGUCUCCCUCCCCUGCCACUCCCACCCGCUCCUCUCCCACCUCGCCACCCACAUCUCCGCCGUCCGCGCCUGGAUCGCCGCCCCCAGCGCGCCCUCCACGGGCCUCGCCCGCCUCGACGCGCUCCACGCCGCGCUCGCCGAGCUCCUGCUCCUCCCCGAGGCCCGCGCCGCGUUAGAGGGCGGGUCCAACACCGCCGACUGCCUCCUCGACGGCUUCCUGAACCUCGCCGACGCCCACGGCGCGUUCCAGGAGUCGCUCCUCGAGCUCCGCGCCCACGCCGCCGAGGCGCAGGCCGCGCUCCGGCGCCGCGACGACAACAGGCGGUCAUCCGCAGUCCGGUCCCUCCGCCGCGCCGAGAAGGAGCUGGCCCGCCUGGCCGCCUCCGUGCGCGUGGCGGCCAAGUUCCCCACGCCGUCCGCGUCCACCAGCGCCGCGGAGGUGGAGGUGUCCGGGGUGCUCGCCGAGGCCGUGGCCACCGCCGCGUGCGCGUCUGCCGCCGUGUUCUCCUCCGUCGAGGCCGUGUCCGCCGCCGCCACCUCCAAGAAGACCACCGCGGCGUCCUCGCUCAGGGCCCUCGUCAUGCGGGCCAAGGCCGCCUCCGAGGAGGACAAGGAGGUGGCCGCCCUGGAGAGGCUGGAGGAGGUCGAGGCGUGCGCCGCCGACAUCGAGACCGGCAGCGACAAGGUGUUCCGGAGCAUCCUGCACACCAGGGUCGCGCUCCUCAACAUCCAGACCCAGACCUACUGCUGA